CCCCGCCCGUCCUCCUUCCCCUCCCUCAGGAACGCGUUUGUUCGAGCUGACAGCCCGGCCUGCGCUCGAGGGCGGUGGCGGGCGCGGGAGGUUUCCGCCUUCGAAGCUGAAGGGCAGAAGCGAAUCCCAGAAAGCUGGCUAUCUGGGUGGCAUAGCAGAUUUACCACCCUCUACUCGGAAUACACGUUAUGAACCCUUUCUGGAGCAUGUCUACAAGUUCUACACGCAAGAGAUCUGAAACAGAAGAAAAGGCUCUGGUUGGCGAGCUGAAGAACAGUCCUCCACGCACCACUCAAAAAAAGCAGCUGCCUUCGAUCCCCAAAAAUGCUGUGCCAAUGACCAAGCCUGCUUCACCCGCCCUUUCAGCGCAGUCUACAAAUGGGACACAUGCCUCCUAUGGACCUUUCUACCUAGAAUACUCUCUCCUGGCAGAAUUCACGUUGGUUGUGAAGCAGAAGCUGCCAGGUGUCUAUGUGCAACCCUCUUACCAAUCAGCAUUAAUGUGGUUUGGAGUAAUAUUCAUAAGGCACGGGUUGUACCAGGAUGGUGUGUUUAAAUUUACAGUCUACAUCCCUGACAACUACCCAGAUGGUGACUGCCCACGCUUGGUUUUUGAUCUGCCCAUCUUCCACCCGCUAGUAGAUCCCAUCUCAGGUGAACUGGAUGUGAAAAGAGCAUUUGCCAAGUGGAGGCGAAACCAUAAUCACAUAUGGCAAAUACUGAUGUACGCUCGAAGGGUCUUCUACAAGAUUGACACAACCAUUCCUUUGAAUCCUGAGGCUGCUGUGCUAUAUGACAAGGAUAUUCAACUUUUCAAGAGUAAGGUGGUUGACAGUGUGAAAUUAUGCAGCAGUCACUUAUUUGAUCCACCAAAAAUAGAGGAUCCCUAUGCAAUUAGUUUUUCACCCUGGAAUCCAGCUAUACAUGAUGAAGCUAGAGAGAAGAUGUUGACCCAGAAGAAGAAGGCAGAGGAUCAACAGUGCAAAAGCAUGCAGGUGUCUGGCCUGUCAUGGGUGAAGCCUGGCUCGGUUCAGCCUUUCAGCAAAGAGGAAAAGACUCUACCUACUUAGUUCCUGUGAAUGACGAAGCACUCAACACUUUCUGCAGGAAGAGGGAAUGUAAUGGAGAGCCAAACAGCAAAGCAGUGGCUUUCCUUCUUGACUUGGAUUAGUAAAGAUGGUAGCAAUGACUCAAGUAAAUCUGCUCAAUGGGAUUGCUCAGACUCUUCGUAUUUUACAUAUGUUUUAACUGCAGGUUGGAAGUCGCUCUUAACAAGGCUGGACUCCAGUUAGUGAAGUCCACCCUGGUGGGUAACGAAAGCCUCAGGGGUCUAAUAUCUGAGGCUCUUCAUUGGGUUACUUUUAAAAGCUUUUAAAAUUUUCCUUCCGGGGUAGGUUUUUUUAAAAUGUAAAGAGCAGGUGGGAAAAAUACUUUCCAGAGGUAAUCUGUGUUUAUGUAAACUAAUAUAGCAGAGUAAAAUACUAUAUUUAAAACUUUUAAAUGCAUUGGUUUCUAUUGUAAAUACAUUAGGAUAUGGAAUUUGUAAAUAGUUGGUUCUGAUUCCUUCUAGCCCUUUUAGGGGCAGCGAGGCUGAGAUUGGCAUGUAUGAUGUGUAUCUAAUUUUCCUUCCUCCCCCAAAUAGAUAUUGUCACUACAGGCUGCUUAUAACAUAACUUGUUCAACAAUCUUUAGACCUACAACCCAAUUGCCUGUAAGCAUCAUAUAGUAGAAAAGUUAAAUGGAUGCAGCUAGCAAAUCUCAAAGGAUUUUCAAGAAAAUAAAUGUAUAUCCCUUUUCUUCAUGCGGUUUGCAGGCAUCUUAUACCAGUGGCCUUAAGAUGUGUCAAAGUAAUGUUAGAGGCAGCCUUAAUUUGCACAUUAGUCAGGACUGUAGAGCAUUGAGCUUUUUACCACUAGAAGAAAAAUCUGUGCUCUUCAUUGUGCACAUUUGGUGAUUUAAUAAAAUCUGUAAGGAGAGCUAGGUUGGAGACUGACAUGACUAAUGUGUUAAUAGUGGCAUCUUAAAAUAAAAGACCAAUCAUGGUAAAA